AUGGAUGCAUCUAUACUCCCCGUAACUCUGAACUCUGAUAAUGACGUUUUCAAGGCUUUCAAUCAGUCGUCUCACUGCAUAUCGCCGCUGCCGGCUCAAAAUCCGACCAAAUCAUUUUGGUUAGACUCGGAGGCCGCAGCGAACCCACUAGGACAAGUGGGAAGCACAGGCCCCCUAUCUGAAGCGGCAGAUAUUGUAAUUAUUGGGUCGGGUAUCACUGGGUGCAGCACGGCGUACCAUCUUUCACAACUCUUUCGAAAAUCCGGGGAAGGGAAGAACCAGUCUGUUGUAAUCUUAGAGGCGAGGGAUUUCUGUCGAAACGGGGGUCACCUUACUGCUGCCACUAUCCAUGACUUUCAACGGAGGGUAGAGGCUUAUGGUGUUGAAGAGGCUCUCAGGGCUGUCGCUUUAGAAAGGCACACAGUUACUUCGGUUCUUGAGUUUCUAGAGAAAGCCCCGGGAGCAGCGGAAGAAGUGGACCUUGUUCGAGGAGGACAUGUCAGCUUAUUAUUCACUCCCGCGGAAAUCGAGGCUGCGCGUAAUGAUAUUGAGGCAGCCACUAAGGCUGGUAUGGACCUGACCGGGGUGGAAUACCUCGAACCCAGCGUUACAAAGCAACGGUUCCGAGUUGAGCUACCUGGUGUCUAUAGUCCUGGCCAUACAUGGCCACUGAAGCUCGUGACAAAACUCUAUCAAUAUGCCAAGGGAGAUAGCACAACCAAAUCGUGGCUGAGCUCGGCCACCAUUGGGUUCUCUAGAGACAGCUCAUUCUCCUUAGACCUCUUUACUCAUGCACCCGUUAACGCCAUUGAAGCUAUUUCAGAGGAUUCUACGUAUCGUUGGCUGGUAAAGACCGAACGAGGUAGCGUCAAGGCUCGCUAUAUUGUCCACGCCACCAAUGGAUACGCGUCACAUCUCUUACCUCAACUCGCCGGCCCAAGCAAGGGCAUAAUCCCAACACGAGCACAAUGCAUGUCGGCCCGCGGAUCCAUCGAAGCGCAUAAAUGGCCAGUAGUUGGUUGGGGAGGUAAUGAGGGGUAUGAAUACUGGUUCGCCCGCCCUUCACACAACGCUGACGAGAAGGCUUUAGUCAUUCUUGGCGGCGGAAGAGAGACCGCAGUACCAAAUCACGAGUACAAUAUUGCUGAUGACUCGAGCGUCAACCCGGUUGUCUCCAAAAGUCUUCGUAAAUUUCUGCCUCAUCUAUACCCUGGCGACUUUGAAGAGAGGGAACCUGAAAUGGAAUGGACUGGAAUAAUGGGAUUCACUCAGUCCAGAGACCCUAUGGUUGGCCAAGUGUAUACUGACACUAACAAACCAUUGGUCGGACACUACAUCGCGGCUGGGUACUCCGGUCACGGUAUGCCCAGAGCAUUUGCUUGUGCCGAAGUCGUAGCACAGAUGAUUCAUGCAGAUAUAUUGGGGAAUGAAUGGUCUCCACCAGACUGGUUCCCUCGUCACCUUUUAACGAGAGUAGAUGAAACACACAAAUUGGGUAUUAAUUGA